AUGGAAAGACAGGGAAACCUUUCGGAAUUUAUUCUCCUAGGACUUUCUUUUGACCAGAACAUACAAAUCUUUUGCUUUGUCCUCUUCUUAUUUUGUUAUGUUGCCCUGUUAGUAGGAAAUCUUCUCAUUCUAAUUUCCAUCCUAUGCAGCAACCUUUUUCAUCAACCCAUGUACUAUUUCCUGAUCCACUUGUCCUCCAUGGAUAUUUGCUAUACCUCCACUGUGACACCCAAACUUAUUGCUGACCUGCUGGUGGAAAUAAAGACCAUAUCCUACAGUGGCUGCAUGUUACAAGUCUUCGCCAUGCACUUCUUUGGAGGUGUUGAGACCUUCAUCCUGACCGCCAUGGCCUAUGAUCGCUAUGUGGCCAUCUGCAAACCUCUUCACUACAUGCUCAUCAUGAACAGGACAAGAUGCAACCUCCUAGUCAUUGCAGCCUGGAUCGGUGCGGCUAUCCAUGCUUUCCCUCUCUUUUCUAUGGCAGUCAUUUUGCCCUUCUGUGGACUGAAUGAAAUUGAUCACUAUUUCUGUGAUAUCUUCCCUUUGUUGAAAGUUGCCUGUACUGAUACCUACCUCACGGGCUUCCUUGUGAUAGCCUUUUCGGGUAUGAUGUCCUUGGUUACCUUUGUUGUCUUAUUUCUGUCCUAUGGGAUUAUAUUAUUCACUUUAAGGAAUCAGUCAGCUAAGGGGAGACGUAAAGCUCUCUCUACCUGUUGGUCUCAUAUCACGGUGGUCUUCUUAUUUUUUGGACCUGUAAUCUUUAUCUACCUUAGACCUCCUACCACUUUCCCUGAGGAUAAAAUAUUUGCAAUAUUUUAUACCAUUGUUGCACCUAUGUUCAACCCCUUAAUCUACACACUGAGAAAUGCAGAGAUGAAGAACACCAUGAGAAAACUUUGGUGUCAAAUAUUAUCUUCAAACAAACCACAUCAUUAA